UUUAAUUCGUGGGCACCCCCCAGCCCUAUACUCUCUCUCUUUCUCUCAGCUCAUUGUUGUCUUCAAAAAAAAGAAAACAUUCAGAAGAUCAGAUCCAAAGUGGCUAAUCUGUCUAAACCCAUUAACCUCCAUAUAUACAUACCUUGAUCAGUCAAUCUAUCAAUCAAUCAAAUCAAUCAAAUUAAGCAGAGUGGAACCAUCACCACCACCACCAACAACAAGGAAUUUAAAACAAGAAGAAGAUGUCCUCUUCAUUUGUUCCGCAGCAGCAGCACCACCAUCUCCCCCCCUCCGAGCAGCUCUGCUACGUCCACUGCACCUAUUGCAACACCGUCCUUGCGGUGGGCGUGCCCUGCACCAGCUUGUUCAAGACUGUGACCGUGCGAUGUGGCAACUGCUCCAACCUCCUCUCCGUCACCGUCGAUAUGCGCGGCCUCCUCCUCCCUCCGUCCAAUCAUCAGCUCCAUCUCGGCCACUCAUUUUUUCCCCCUCAGAAUCUUCUCGAGGAGAUCCGAAGCUCGCCUUCCACUCUGCUGCCGAAUCCCAACGACCCAUUUUUUCCGAUUCACGACCUCCCCAAGCCCCCAGUAGCUAACAGACCCCCGGAGAAAAGACAGAGAGUGCCAUCUGCUUACAACCGGUUCAUCAAGGACGAGAUCCAACGUAUCAAAGCUGGAAACCCUGAUAUUAGCCACAGAGAGGCGUUCAGUGCCGCUGCCAAAAAUUGGGCCCACUUUCCUCAUAUUCACUUCGGACUGAUGCCUGAUCAACCCGUGAAGAAGCAAAAUGUGUGCCAACAGGAAGGUGAGGAUGUUUUGAUGAAAGAUGGGUUUCUUUCUACUGCUGCAAACGUGGGCGUGUCUCCCUACUAGCUUAUGCCUUAUAGUAUAACAUAAAUCAAUCAAUCAAUCAAUGCACCUUUCUUUUCCAUGUCGUUUUUUUUAUGUCAUUCACAAACGCUGUUUAAUUAGCUUCAGCUUUCUUUGGUGCAUAGGGAGAGGAUUUUGAUGUACUAAUUAAUCAUAACAGUUAUUAAACUCUUCCAAAUACUAUAUCUUAUGUAGUGGUAUUUCAUUUG